AACAAUGAUUUGAGUGAGCGGGAUCAAUACAGCGCGAAUCACCUUAUUUUAAACCUAGCAGUAAUUAAAAAAAGAUUUUUAUAAAAAUGAAUGAAUAUUACUCUCCGGCGAAUGUACAAGCUCUGGCUGCCUUGCUGUGUCCCCCGAAGGAGGAUGAUGAUGAUGAUGAAGACUGUUCGUCUGCAACAGCCAAAUUAGGCCCUGGUGAUAUCGGUCCCCAUAAAGAAACAGAGAUCAACCCAGCACCACGUUGUAAAAAGAACAGCGCAGACAUCUGGAGUGAGGAACGCUUGGCAGAGGAUGAGCAGUCUGAUGGCAUUGCUGAUCCCAUUGCUGAUCCCAGGCAACAGCCUGAGUAUGAAAUUGUUUUGAAGCAAAGUGUGGGUACAGAAGACCUGUUUCUUGGGAUGAGUCGGAAAGACCCCUCGUCCAUGUGUUGUGAGAGCAUGUUGGUGAGGAUCAAACUGCCUGGCACCAAUGUCAGUGAAGUGGACCUGGAUGUCAAAGAACAGUUUCUUGAACUCAGAACACCAAAAUUUAAACUAGGUCUGCACCUGCCCCAUCCGGUACGCGCUCACAAAGGAAAAGCUCAAUUCAUUGCGGAGAGGGAGGUGUUAGAAGUUUCUCUGCCCAUGAACCGCCUCUUGGAUGAUCUCAACCUGGCUUAAUAGGAAAGGAAUGAGAGGCAUCAGUGGAUCCAGAGAAAGGAGGAUGAGAGAGAACUAAUCACCAGGGUUGGCACUGGAAGAUAUGGAGCGCCACUUCAAGGAUGGUUACAGAGCUUUCACAAUCACAGCUUUGGUUGAGCUUGUGGUUUUAUAUCUUCCCAAAUAUCAACUAACACUAAACAUCGAGAAGAGAUACUUUUGCAAUCAUACCACAAGUUUUGUUCACUGCGGAUUUUAAUCCCUAUUAGCUAUAGUCACAGAAAUUUAUAACGGGAGUAAAAACAUAUCAAAUGUAAAAAUGCUGUGACUUCUUUAAUGGAUGUAAGAAUAAUGAACUUUUUUGGG